GCCUUCGCGAAGUCGACAAUCACUUUAGUAUCUUGCUGACUGUUGUGCUGUGAGGACAGAAUAUCGUAUUUUAACUGGCAUUUGGAUGAGUUGUGUGGACAGUUGAAGAAAUUAGAUUUGAUAAAUUGUUGUGAAGAGAUUUUUGAAAGAAAAGAAAGUUGCUAGUGUGAAAAGAGAAAUUAUAUCUAUAGAAAUUCUAAUAGCACCUUUCAACAAAUCACUAUUUUAUUGCUUUCAUUGAGCUCGCUAAAAAAAAAGUUAUUGAGUGCUGCAUAAGAAUCCGCCUUCUAAUAGUUUAAGGAGUUCUUCUGACGGCUUUUUAAUCUCUUCAAACUCGAAUCUUCGGUCCAUGUCAUGAAGUUUAAGUAGCAACUUGUUGCACUCUGAAUGCCUUCUUUCUGAUCCACCAAGCACUCGGAAAAAUCACAUCUCAAAGACAAUUUCUCGUGACCGAUUUUGUGCUAUUUUCUCACUGUGAUUCUUCUAGUGAAAUCUUGUUGGAUUUUAUCUCAUGUGGUGAUCACUUAGUUGGAGAAUUGAUGUAAAUUGCGGCACAAGGACACGCAAAAAUUGACUCCAAUAAAUCCGUGGUUAUACUUUCUAAGUCCCAGCAUUACCAGCAAAUUCGAACGAAGAUCAUCGAUCACCGGAGGAGUUUAUCUUUCGAAAAUCCGAAAAUUAAAGUUUAAAAUAAAUAUAUCAAGUGUUUUGUGUGGCCUUGACAUUAAGGCACAACUUUCUUGCAUAUCUUUUGGAUUAAAAAAAAGUACACCAACAAAGACGUGAACAAGAAGUAACGCACUUGAGGAACAAUGGCUCGAAAUUCUCAUACCACACGAUACGAUGAUGAUGCAGACAACUCGUGGAGCUGCGGUUCAUGGUUUGAAUACAUCCUUGUGGUUGUUCUGUCCACAAUCUUCCUCAUCGGUGCACUCGUGCUCGUCAUCUACUGGGCCGUCCAGCAUGGUGGUGGCUUUGCGUGGUCAGAGGAUCCCCAGAAGCAAUUCAAUCUACAUCCGGUUCUCAUGGUAGCCGGUUUCAUCACCCUCUCUGGAUUCUCCAUCCUCCUCUAUCGUCUCUGCCGCUGCCUCAAACACAUCUAUGUGAAACUUCUGCAUAUGUUCUUCCACGCCUGUGCUGUCCCAUGUGUUGUCAUCGGUUUCCUGGCCGUCCUCGACUCGCACAAUCUUGCUAAUCCACCAAUUCCCAAUUUCUACUCACUCCACUCGUGGCUCGGACUUGUCACAAUGGGACUGUUUGCUACACAAUUCGUUGUGGGAUUCUUCAGUUUUCUGGUCCUGUUGUGCUGCGAAGAUGCUACUUACUCGUGUCGAGCUGCCAUGGUGCCCAUUCAUGCUAGUUUUGGGCUCGCUAACUUCAUGCUGGCCAUCGCCACAUGCGUAUCCGGGAUCACAGAGAAGGCAAUCUUCAAGCUCAAGGAUAACUACUCAAAUUGGGGUGAGGAAGGAAUCAUUCUGAAUUCUCUCGGAGCUACUCUCAUUGCUCUUGGAAUCCUCGUUUGUUUCGCCGUCAGACGAUCAAAUGCUCCAGCAACGGCAAAGGUUUACGUGACAGAACGCCUAUAAAUGACCAACAAGGCGAUUUAAUCAAAUUCUAUUUAAAAAAAAUGCAUCUUAAAGAUAAGUUUAAACUAAAUGUAAUGAGAGAUAUUAAUACGUAGUAUUACUGGAGAAUCUUUGUUAUUGACUUUUUAAAGUAAUUUAGUUGAUGAAAGAUGUUGUAGUUAAAUUAUUUCCUAAAGACGCUGAGAUCAUAAAAGAUUUUAAAGUAAAAUUUAAAGAAAUAUAUAUUUAAAAAAAUAUUUUCGAGUGCUCCUUUCGUAAUGUAGCAAAGAAAAAAAAUUAAAUUGACGAUCAAAAUAAGCUCGAAAAUUAAUGUUUCUAUAUUGUCAGAGAUUUUCUUUCUCUGCGGCGCACUUUAUAUUGAAAUUUGUGAAUUUAUCUGUUUAUAAAGCUCGUAUAAAAUUUAUAUUGUAUUUCUUUUGUGCCCUUUCUUGAUGACGAAACAGCAAAAGAUGAAGUGAGAGUAAUUGUAAAAUUUAUUCCUAAGGAUACAAGUGAAACAAGUAUUAAAUGAAAAAAGAUGUUAAGUGAAUGUCUAAUAAAAAAAAAACUUUACAAGUAAAUAUUUUUACUUUCCCGCAAUAUUUAGACAUUAAUAAGGUAAAUAAGGCAAAAAAAAACAAUUUGUAUAUUUUCAGUCUUGCUUUUAUGUCCAAAUACACCAAGUACUUGAAUUAUUUGAUAAAUUGAAACCACCUCAAAUCUUUAAAAACAAAACAUGAAAACGAUUAAGCAAAAAAAAGCGUGUGAAGACACUUCUCACGAGGCACAACACUCACUGAGAAAUACAAAAAUAAACGAGAUAUUAACUAAUGAAAAAAAAAUAGAAGACACUGAAAUUUUUACAUAUUUAUACUUUUUAUAAUAGUGUUUUAAUGUGAAUUUUGAUGAGAAAAUGAUAGAAACUAUUCCAUAAAAAUAUGAAAAAAAUGAGAUACAAGUAUUAAGCUACUAAAAUAUCACAUACAUUGAAUUAAAUAUGCGAGAAAAUGUCAUUAAUAUUAAAAAAUUAUAUCGUCAAUCAUUAUAUAGUAAUAAUCAAAAAAAUAUUAAAUAAUAAUAAAAAAAGGAAUCAUAAUUGGAUGUGUUUAAAUGUGUAAGAUGGAAGCAAAACAAAGAAGUAAAAAGAAAAACGAUUAGAAAACCUCUGAGUGAGCAAAAUGAAGCAAGAAAUUCGUGGAAGAUUUAAAGUAAAACAAACUGACCUUCUUUAAGUAAAAAAAUUAAAACAAAAAAGAAAACCUUUCCAUUCUUGAAAAUGUGUUCAUUGGAAAAAAUUCCUGUACCAUCGUAAUAAAAGAAACAAAUUUUUCACUUUUUAAAAACAAAAAAAAAUCUCCCUUUGAGAAUAGAGAAAAUCUUGCAAAAGUCAAACUUCUACAACGAUAAUUUAAAAAGAAAAAAAAUGAAAAAAUAGAUGAAUAUUAGGAAAUAAAUAGGUAAAAAAUUGCUAGAAUAUUUCUAAGAAAGCAAAAAAAAAAUGAAAAUCACGUAUAAUUUGCAUAAUAUUUAACUCUCAACUGAUAAGAUGAAAAACCAUAAACAAUCAAAAGACUAAUGAAAAGUAGAGAAAAAUAUUCAUAUAAGAAGAAAAAAAAUGAUUUCAUGGUCAAAUGAUGUUACAAAAUGCUCAUGUUUGUAUUGCUGUGUGCCAGGUAAACACACAAGAAAAUUAAAUUGUGCUUUAUUUUUGUGGUCAAUUACACGCAAUUUCAGUUGGAUUGAAAAUUUUCGCUCUUUUAUUUUUACAGUUGGAGAGAUUUAUUUUCUUUAUCCUCCUUCAUUUAAAUUUGGUAUAAUCUUUUUGUGCAUUGUGAUUGAAUCUUUUGCAAUUUGUUUAUUUUUCCCUUCAGAAAAAAUUGAUAUCAUAUAGCAAAAUAAUUGAUAGAAAAUUUCAUUAUACAGUAAUUCAUGAUUAUACAAGACAUCUAGAUAAAUAGUUGACAUAUGAAUAAAGUUAGUAACUAAAUAAAA